ACAUUAAAAAACGCUUGCUUGUAUAUUAAACACACUUAUACUGAAGAAUUUUUAUCCAUUUCCAAUAGAAACAAUCGCAGAUGAUAAUGAUUAUCAUUUUGUCAAUUGACUUACAAGAUUCCACAAGACUCUGAGUUAGUUGUUAACUAGAUCAAGAUUUAUUAUGUGUCAUGUCACAACACAAUAAAGUUAUUCACUUAUACAAAACGUUGUUGUACAUGGGCCGAGAUUAUCCGAAGGGAUAUCAAUAUUUCAGAACCAAGCUAAAGAGAGCCUUUGAUAAAAACAGAACAGAGACCGACCCCGAAAAGAUAGAUAAAAUGAUAAAUCACGAAUCUGCUAAAAUGGUUGCUUGCGUAGCUGUUAUUGGUAAAGAUAAUUCUCCAAAAUUUAUCAAAAUAUAUCAAUGUACGGAUGAAGCUGCUGGAUUGCAAUUUCAUUACAAAGUACAUACGUCAAUUGAUAUUAUAGAGGAAAAGCUGAAUGUAGGGAGUAAAACGACAGUUGAUAUACGUGAUUUAUACUUAGGCUUGUUAUUUGCGACUGAAGAAUACAAAAUAUAUGGUUAUGCUACAAACACAAAGAUUAAAUUUGUCAUAGUGUUGCAAUCAUCUAAUGUAUCAUUGAGAGAUAACGAAAUAAAAAUGGUAAUA